AUGAAGGGCCCCAAGAGCUUCCUGAUUGCGGCUGUUGCUCUUUCGUCCACAGCUUCAGCAUGGCCAGGAUGGCUUCCGGCAAUCGACUCGCUCGUCGUGAGGGCGGACGAGUCUUCUACCACGACUGCCAAAGAAACCGGCACAACCACUGCUGCCUCAGAUACAGCACAGGAGACGGGGACGACCUCGACUAAAUCCGCCGGAAAGGUGACGACGACAAAUUUGAACACUGGCGGCCAAACAAAGACGACAGCAUCAGGCACAGACUCGGGGACAGGUACGGCAACGGGUACUGAUGAAACGUCUGCGGCGACACACACAACAUUUGAUGCUGAAGAUCCAGCGGGUGGUGUUUCCAUGAUCACGCCUGUGACAACGUCGGGCACUGCUCUAUACCGCAUCGGAGAGACUAUAACUUGGGCAUGGAACUACACGUCGUUGCAGGCCACGCCCACCGGGAUCGACGUUCUGGUAUCUUGCAGUGCUGUUACCCAAACCUGGACUUUGACCCAGAACAUGUCAUACGAUGCUACUGCAACUUUUACUUGGGACACCGAUGCCUACGCUCAGACUGCCGUGGCUAGUCCGCUCUUGACUGAGGAGUACACUUUGGUCAUUUAUGAUGCAGACUCUUCCGUCUCGGCUACCUCGGAAGCCGGUUAUUUAGGCGUCUAUAAUUCCUUCACCUUCGGUUUGUACAACAGCCGACCAUACAAAGACCUUGGUGAAUGGAAGUGUGUCACUUGCUCGGGUGCGGCCGGUAACAACCUGGACAACCAAGCAUUGAGGUUCGCUGUUGGUAUGGCCACAAUAACCGUGUUGACAUUUACAUGGUUCGUCGCUGGCUUUGGAGCACUCUAG